AUGUCUCACGAAUCCGUCUGGAACUCCCGCCCCCGCACCUACGGCAAGGGCUCCCGCUCUUGCCGUGUCUGCACCCACUCUGCCGGUCUCAUCCGCAAGUACGGCCUCAACAUCUGCCGUCAGUGCUUCCGUGAGAAGGCCAACGACAUUGGCUUCACCAAGUGGAAAAUCCGCGGUGUCACGAACGAGAGAAGGGCACAUCUUGCGGAAAAAAAGAGAACCUCUACGGCCAAGAAGUCACAAACACUGUUCCCAGUCGCGUGA